AUGCAGCGCACACCUUUCUCUCCGCCUCAAAAGUCCCCCGAACUAUUCCAUCCUCGCCCUCAGCACAUCUCACAAGUCCCUAUGAUGCGAUCACCUCCUCCGCCAGUCUCACAGCAAUCUUCGCAACCAUCACAGGCCAAUGGCUAUGGAAAUCCGUACCAGUCUCCGCCGGGAGGGGGAGGAGGCGGUGGAGGAGGCGGCGGGUUUGGACCUGGCUUCAACUUCAUGAAUGAUCCGACCGCGCAGAUGGGAUUUCAAGUAGGACAGACGGCUAUGAAGGCCGGGCAGGAGUAUAUGGAGCAGAAUUUGAACCGCUACAUUUCUGUCUCCGCUUUAAAACACUACUUCAAUGUUUCCAACUCCUACGUGGUACGGAAACUGCUGAUAGUCCUAUUCCCCUGGCGGCAUAAACCGUGGACACGACAACAAGCACGAAUGACCACCUCCUCCACGACCGCUGACGGAACCAUGACCCAACAAUCCUACACUUUCAACUACCUCCCACCUCGUGACGACUUGAACUCUCCAGACAUGUACAUACCCAUCAUGGCCCUGAUAACGUAUAUCCUUCUUUCGACUGUGCUGGCGGGAAUUAGAGGGUCAUUCCAUCCAGAACUGCUAGGCAGCAUAACCAGCACUGCUUUAGCGGUGAUUAUUUUCGAGAUCAUCGUCCUCAAGCUCGCCAUGUACAUGCUCAGCAUUACCAACGACUCACAACUACUUGAUCUGGUUGCCUAUUCUGGCUACAAGUUCGUGGGUGUGAUAGUUACGCUAUUUCUCAGUGAAAUCCUUACUGGAGGGAAUGGAACAAACAACUGGGUAGGCUGGAUCUUAUUCUUGUAUACAUGGUACGCAAAUGCAUUUUUCCUGCUUCGAUCCUUGAAGUACGUCCUCCUCCCGGACAAUUCAGGUGACCCAACAGCCAUGCGUGGCGGCAGUUCAUAUGUGGCGGCACGAGCUCAAAAGAACCGCCGCACGUAUUUUCUCGCUCUCUAUGCUUUCCUGAUCCAGAUGCUGUUCAUGUGGAUUCUCAGCAGAGAAGAGGCGGCCGCUAAAACCGUCGCCAGCAAACUUACCGGACCCAAAGCGUAG